AUGCCAACUGGGUGAAGAACAGGAUGGGCAGCAAGGGGCUUGGAGGCAAGAGCCCAUACUCCUUAUGGACAGGGAAGGUGCCGAAUGUUUCCAUGGCACGAGUGUGGGGGUGCAUGGCUCAGUAUAAGGUACCUGACCAGCAAAGGAGGAAGCUAGAUCCUAAGGCACAGUGGGGGAUUUUCCUUGGGGUUUCUAAGAGGAGCAAGGCUUGGGUGCUAUGGAGUGUAGCUGACCAGCGUGUGAUGGAGAGCCGUGAUGUGAUUUUCCAUGAGGGGCUGAAUUAUAAGGGGUGGAAGGAGCGUGGUGCAAGCCAUAGUGGGACUUCCAUUCAAGACCCUCAUACGGCCUCUAUCUUUGAGGGGGCAUGGGAGGACCCUGGAGAUGAAGGGGAGGAGCAGCACGAGGAGCCAGAACCAGCUGAUUCUAACCAUGAGGAGUCCCGAGAGACAGAUUCUACCCCUCAGCCAGCCACGCAGGCCGAUGCGCAUGAUGAUCAGCCGGAGCAGCAUGUGCCUUCAACUCCAUCGAGAAGCAGUUGGCAGCAGUUGUUGGACCAGCAGCUGUCCAAGACUCCAAGGACUCCAAUGAAGAGGGUGACUUGGGAGGAGAAGCUGCGGAGGCUGGAAGAAGGAGAGGCAACACCUCUGCGACGCAGUGCUCGAAUUUCCCAGCCACCUGAAAGGUUUACCCCGGGGCACAUUGCACGCAUGCAUGAUCAUCUUGUGUCUGAUUUGGAUGAUUGCAUGCUUGUGGACAUGCAUGGACAUGAGUAUGCUCUUGAUGUGUGUCUAAUGGGUCAGGCCAACCCCGUGCGUACUCCUCUCCCGACAGGCUUUGAUGUGCAUGCCUAUGAGGAUGAACCUUUGCUGCGAGAUGAGCUGGUCAAGCUCUACCAAAGCAUUGUGGGAUCCCUCAUGUAUGCUUGUACUACCACACAGCCACAGAUUGCAUUCGCAGUCUCACAGCUAUCUAAGGUCGCCUCUUGUCCUAAAAUGUUCCACUUGCAGGCCGCUAAGAGAGUGCUGAGGUACCUGAAAGGUGGUGUCAAGUCAGGUAUCUUCUUCCAAACACAGCCCCAAUAUCAGGUCCAGCUGGUUGGCUUCAGUGAUGCCGACUAUGCUGGAGAUUCCGCAAGUCGCAAGAGCCAUAGUGGGUAUGUGUUCUGCCUGAAUGGGGCAGCUAUCUCUUGGCAGAGCAAGAGGCAGCCCGUGGUGGCACUCUCUACCACUGAGAGUGAGUACAUAAGUCUGUGUCAUUGCAUUCAGGAGGGUGUGUGGCUGAGGCGUUUGUUUGGGGAGUUUGGCCAUGCUCAUGCUGGUGGUGUGCCUGUGUUUGUGGACAAUCAGUCUGCCAUUGCCCUUGCACAGAAUGCAUGCUUGCAUGGCCGCACCAAACACAUGCAGGUCCGGUGGCAUUUCAUUCGGGAGAUGGUGGCUGCGGGAGAGGUGAUUUUGCAGUGGUGCCCCACCAACCGUCAGGCUGCUGAUAUCCUUACCAAGUCUCUUCCAUUUGAGCGCCAUGGUGUGUGCAUGACCUUGCUCGGGAUGCAGCCCCAUGAUGACAGGGUUCCCGCAGCAGAUGCCGGCGUCUUGGUGCUCCUCUCCUUGGCGGACUCCAUGCUCUGGGUGGCCCCAACCCAUGGGCAAGGGGGAGUGGUGUGAAGUCUUUUGCCCUAUGGUGUUGAGCCACA